GUAGUGAUAAGGAGCUCAAAUCGACAGGUAUGGUGGCUCGACAGGACACUUAUCUGCUCAGAACCAGUGAUCAUCUGUGGAAGGUGUUGGAAAAAUAAAUCUGAUCCAUGGAAGUUCGCCUCUCUACUUCCAGGACUUCAGGGAUUUUCCGCUACCAUCUUGGUCCAGAUCCCACAGCACACCUUCAGAGGUCUGGUGAAGGCUAAGCCUCAGAUCUGGGGUUGGGCUCGUCGGAGUGCCACAGACAGCAGGCUAGUGCAAUGGAAAAGUUUGUGGGCCAGAAACGUGAAGAACACUCUGCUGCCAAUGAUGGCUCAACUAAACCUCUAAGAAAGAAACUUAAAGUGGAAAAUGAUGAGAAGGUGAAAGAGGAGGAGUUUGAUCCUGAGGAUGAUGAAGAUACUGCUCUUGCAGAGUUCUCCCAUCCUAUUCCUUGGCAAAAAAUAGAGGCAGAGGGGCUGGACUGUGAUUAUGCUUUGCUGUUCUCCAAGGAGGAAGCUGAUCGGCUUUUCAGACAGCUGGAGGAGGAAGUGGUGUACUCGACAGGGCAAGAAGCCAAGGUUCAGGUAUUUGGGAAAGUCUACAAUAUACCGAGAAAGCAGGCAACAUAUGGAGAUGAAGGUUUGACUUACACUUAUUCUGGGGUGAAACGUUUUGCCUGUCCAUGGACGCAAGCACUGGAGUACAUCAGGGAUGCUGUCACAAAAACAACAGGACACACUUUCAACUUUGUCUUGAUCAACAGAUACAAAGAUGGUCAGGAUCACAUGGGGGAGCACCGCGAUGAUGAGAGGGAGCUGGACCCCCUCUGUCCUAUCGCGUCUGUCUCUCUGGGGGCCGCACGAGACUUUAUCUUCAGGCACAGGGAUGCACGGGGAAAAGAGAGCAGUCGCCAGAUUGAACCUGUGAAGCUGGAGCUCGCUCAUGGAAGUCUGCUCCUAAUGAACUCACCAACCAACACGUUUUGGUACCACAGCCUUCCUGUCAGGAAAAAAGUUCUCGUGCCUCGCAUAAACCUCACAUUUAGGCGCAUCGUGCAGCCGAGUCAAAAAUGACAGAAUAAACCAUCAGCCUGAAGAAGAGAGGUUCAUGACCCUAAGUGUUCAGAAGUAGCUGAGCUCAAGUACAGACAGUGGUACCUUAAAACUUUACACAAUCUUAAAAAAAUAUGUUUUUUGGAUUUAAAAGGUGUGGCUGCGUCAGACAGAUACAAAUGCAAAUUAUUUUUUGUUGACAAGAAAAUAAUAACGAAACUGAAUUCCUGACAGUUUAGACAUGUCUUGCCCUGGAUGUGUUUCAACGGGGAUUAUCUGUCUGAAACAUCCAGUUUUGACAUCAUUGGAACAGUGCAUGUGCAGAAGGGAGCGUGUGGGUUUGGAGAAUGGCACAAUACUUGACAGAGUUCACUGAGUUUAGAGUGAUUCUUAAUGUGAUAUAUCACAAAUGCUUGGGGUUUCCAGAAACUUUUUUCCACCUCUGAUUACACAUUUAAAAUGAAGACAGAGCUGACAACUUUACCUUCUAACAGAUCAACUCUGUCCAGGAGACCAACAGCUCUGGCAGCUACUAGAGAGGGUGUGUAUUUCUGAAUUCUGCUAUUUUCCUGCUCAAUUUCCACUCCAACACCUUUAACAAUUCUACCAAAAAUGUGCCAAGAUUAUGGAAUAUUUCAAUUCCUUUACUGCAGACUAUAAGCACAGGGCCAGUCAUUCAUUUUCUUAACCGCUUAAUCAUUAAGAGGGUUACGGUGGUGCUGGAACUGGUCCCAGCUGCCAACAACUGACGGAGGGACCCACCCUGGACGGUCAUCAUACCUCUGCCAAUGAAGUACUACAAAUUGAACUUAUGAGAAGAUAUGAUCUAAAAGAAAACACUGCACUUAUUGAACACAAAUACUGAACUGAUGUACAGUGUAUGAAAUUUGAGAACUUGUAGGAGUCUGAUAACCCAGUAAUCCAUCACUGGCUGUAGCUGUCACAGGCUACAUUUACAUGCACAAAAUAUUGGUGUUUUUUGCUCUUAUUUUCAAAGACAAUAUUCCUCUAAAGGUGUUGAAAAUUGAUUUUAUUUGAAUAUUCCUGCUUACAUGCAGCCAUGUAUACCUCAUCAAAAGUGUUUUUUUGCUUUUCAGUGAUUUCAGUUUUCUACUGGUGACAGACCAUCCACUGUGUGAAUGCAAACAACCCUCUUUAGUUCUUUCAAACACCUUCUAGUGGUAUGAUACUUACUCAUAUCCAAAAACGUGUUGAUAUCCUGUCAUAGGAGUGUUUCUCCUUCCAAACAGCAGUCCAUCCAUCUACUAUGUUCAAACAUCAACUUGUUGUCUUGCAUUAAAAUUAAUGAAAGUCUGAAAUGCACAAUUGGUUUAUUCAUUUAUUACCUGAAAACAAUCACCUUCACAGACUGCAUACAAUUACACACAAUCAUACAUGGAUACACUUUAGUGCAAAAUGCAAACAUUAGGGUUUUGCACCAGUCCACCAUCCAAUAU